CUAGAGGGGCACUUUCCGAGUCUACGAAUCUCGCGCCGCUGGAAUCCAGAGCCACCUUCCGCCGAAAUAUUCCCUCCCGGCGGCCUCCACUCGAUGCACGCGUGGCCUGAAUAUUCCUUCACGUCAGCCUGAAUCUGACGCCGUCCGGCAGGGAUGGGUGUGUCGAGCGAGGACGUGGUGUUGAUUGAGGGAGGGAAGAAGGCUGGCGAGCCCCGCGUGAUCACCGUAAAUUGUCCGGACAAGACUGGCUUGGGCUGCGAUCUAUGCAGGAUUAUACUCGAGUUUGGACUGUGCAUUACCAAAGGAGAUGUUUCAACCGACGGGAAAUGGUGCUAUGUAGUAUUAUGGGUCAUUCCACAUUCCUCUUCAAUAAUGGUGAGAUGGGCAAGCUUGAAGAACCGGCUGCUAUCUGUCUGCCCUUCGUGUUCUGUUUCCUUCUAUUUCGAACCCGCUCCGCGCUCCACUGCAUCGCCAGUCUACCUGUUGAAGUUAUUAUGUCUUGAUCGGAAAGGAUUGUUACAUGAUGUUACUCAAGUUCUUUGUGAGCUCGAGCUUACAAUUCAGAGAGUCAAGGUCUCAACAACUCCUGAUGGCCGAGUCAUGGAUCUCUUCUUCAUUACAGACGGAAUGGAGCUUUUGCAUACAAAAAAGAGACAGGAUGAUACAUGCGAGCGGCUGCAUGAAGUUCUGGGAGAAUCAUGUAUCAGCUCUGAACUUCAGCUAGCUGGACAGGAAUACAAAAUUUUUCAACAGGGUUGCUCUUCACUUCAUCCUGCAGUAGCAGAAGAACUGUUUGGCUCAGAGCUAUCAGACAGUGAAACCCGUUUGCAAGCACUUGCUGCGGAUUUGUCGAAGCUGAAGAAGGCCAACAUUACCCUGGACAAUUCCUUGAGCCCUGCUCACACCUUGCUCCAGAUCCACUGUCUUGAUCAAAAGGGUCUCCUCUACGACAUCAUGAGAACUUUGAAGGACUGCAACAUUCAGAUAGCUUACGGGCGGUUUUCAUCGAACACGAAAGGUUACCGUGAGGUGGACCUAUUUAUCCAACAAACAGAUGGGAAAAAGAUUGUGGACCCUGAGAAACAGAGCGUUUUGUCUUCUCGUUUGAGGAUGGAGAUGCUCCACCCACUGCGAGUGAUAAUUGCCAACCGUGGCCCUGAUACUGAACUCCUAGUUGCUAAUCCGGUAGAGUUGUCAGGAAGGGGAAGGCCUCGUGUUUUUUAUGAUGUCACGCUUGCUUUGAAAGUUCUCGGAAUCUGCAUUUUCUCAGCUGAGAUUGGGAGGCACUCAACAUCCGAUCGCCAGUGGGAAGUUUACAGAUUCCUUUUGGAUGAAACCGUUGAGUUUCCACUGGCGAACAGUCGAGCUAGAACUCAGAUCGUCGACAGAGUGAGAAGAACAUUGAUGGGCUGGUGAGCUUUGAUACUUCCUGAUUACCCGUACUAGUGAGAAGUUCCUUUCGAUUGCUGUAAAAAUCUAAAUCUGUAUGUACAGUGCAUUUGCCUUCUAAUGAUAGCUAGAUGCAUAUGAUUGGAAUUCUCUAAUUGCUUUUACCAGUUCAAAAGCUGAGAUGUUUGGUCA